ACGCUAUGUCACAACAAUCAUCGGAAUACGUAAAUAUCCGUUUGACAGACUCAUAAGUUUUUUGUUUUCUUUGAAUAAUUUAUAGUAGUAAUAGCACGAGCUCAUAGCAGAUAAUUGUAAAUUACUCACAAAAAAAGAAAAAAAGUUAAUCACUUCUUAUCAUCAACAAAUAAUAAAUCCAUUCUAUUAAAAGAAUAAGAAGAAUAAAAGGCAUCUUCUUUUGAUCUUGGUUUUAAUUGUAAUCAUUAAAAAUCAUAAAUUUGAGUGAUAUCAAUGGCAUCAACAAAGAAACCAGUUCAGAAUUUGUUGAGCAGAGUUUGCAGGGAGACCAGGAGAAGCUAUGGUGCUCUUCCUCAAGGAUCCACUGCUUCCUCUUCCCAAGAACUCAUUGGAUUGGAAUAUGAAUUCAGUGCCCACAAUUAUCAUCCAGUCCCGAUGGUAUUCUCUCAAGCGAGGGGGUCUUCUGUAUGGGAUCCUGAAGGCAAAAAGUAUCUAGAUUUUCUUUCAGCCUAUUCAGCAGUUAAUCAGGGACAUUGUCAUCCAAAGAUAAUUAAAGCAUUGAAAGAGCAGGCAGAAAAUCUUACACUGAGCUCUAGAGCUUUCUACAAUGACAAAUUUCCAGUAUUUGCAGAGCGCCUAACAAGCAUGUUUGGUUAUGAUAUGGUUCUACCAAUGAACACUGGGGCUGAGGGUGUCGAAACGGCUUUGAAGUUGGCUAGGAAAUGGGGAUAUGAAAAGAAAAAAAUUCCUAAUGAUGAGGCGAUUAUUGUCUCUUGUUGUGGCUGUUUUCAUGGGCGUACGGUAGCUGUUAUCUCUAUGAGUUGUGACAAUGAAGCAACUCGGGGGUUCGGGCCAUUGUUGCCUGGUCAUCUUAAGGUUGAUUUUGGCGACGAAGUUGCUCUUGAGAAAAUCUUUAAAGAAAGAGGAGAUAAAAUUGCUGGAUUCCUUUUUGAACCCAUCCAAGGAGAGGCAGGGGUUAUAAUUCCCCCUGAUGGUUACUUAAAAGCUGUUAGAGAUCUUUGUUCAAAAUAUAACAUCUUAAUGAUUGCUGACGAAAUUCAAACCGGUUUAGCACGAACGGGAAAAAUGCUGGCCUGCGAUUGGGAACAAGUUCGUCCUGAUGUAGUAAUACUAGGAAAAGCAUUGGGUGGUGGGGUAAUACCUGUAAGCGCAGUGCUCGCAGACAAAGAUGUAAUGCUUUGCAUUCAACCUGGAGAGCAUGGAAGCACAUUUGGGGGUAAUCCAUUGGCUAGUGCAGUUGCUGUCGCCUCGCUAGACGUGAUCAACGAUGAGAAACUUGCCGAGAGGUCUGCCCAAUCGGGGAAGGAACUAAGGCAUCAGCUGCAUAAGGUUCAGCAUCAGUUUCCGGAUUACAUUAAAGAAGUCCGGGGAAGAGGUCUAUUCAAUGCUGUGGAGUUUAACAGCCGGGCUUUGUCUCCCAUAUCAGCAUAUGACAUUUGCCUCAAGUUAAAAGAGAGAGGAAUUCUUGCUAAGCCUACUCAUGAUACCGUAGUCCGGUUAACUCCUCCACUCUCCAUGAGCUUGGAAGAGCUCAGUGAAAGCUCAAAAGCACUACAUGAAGUUCUGGAACUUGAUUUACCAACUUUGCAGAAAGAGAAACCAGUACAGGCUUCCUCAGCUGCUCCUUCAACAUGCGACCGUUGCGGCCGUAAUCUGUACGCUUCUUCGGAUUAAGUCGACACUCAUUUUCUCAUGUUCUCUGGCAUGUAGAUUCUCUGAAAUAAAGUAUUAGUUCGAUUUCUGGCCUCUUUAAUAGGGAAAUUAAGCACCUGAUGUCUCAAAUUAUAUCCCGAGGAAUACUUAGAUAGACUCUGUUCACCACAUACAUAGUCAAAACAAUUACGACGAAUUAUUAAAUGAUUGAAAUUUUAAUUAUAUCAUAUCAUACUAUUGAUAUUAUUAAUGAUAUAUUCAUAAUUUCAUGAUCUAUUUUCACUUCA